AUGACACGCAAAUCAAAAAGAAAUUUUGUACAAUCGAAAGAAGUUUUUGAAAAAAAUAUAUCCAAAAUAUCAAAAACUUCUAAAUCAUUUACCAGAAAACAUGUGACAUGCAAUUGUAAAUCAUGUAAAGGUCGUAAAGUUAAUUUGCAGAAUACAAGCCAGAGCUGUAUUCCUAUAGAAGAUUUUAUAGAGGAUUUCAUAAAGGUGAACGAAAUAGAAUUAGAUAAUAAUAGUAAUAGUAAUGAAGCAGAUAAUAUACAAGAAUUCAAUUUUCUUGUUAAACUAAAAUCUAAAGAAAAACAGAGUGAAGAAGAAUCUGAUAAAUUUGAUAUUGACGAAGAUAUAUAUUUUAGCGAAGACGAAGUAGAGGAAGAAGGGCGAACUAUUAACUUUGAUACCUCAGAAUCGAUUUACAGCGACGAAUAUCCUGAUAUAUCAACUGCGAAUAUUAAUUAA